AUAAAAAAGAGGAAAAAAAGCAAGAGACAUGUUGUUGUUUACUUUUCUUUCUUUUUCUAUUUUAAACAUGAAUAUUGCAGAAUAUCCAACAAAUCAACUUAUUCAGAUUGUAUCUCGCUUGAUAGAAUCCCUAUUAGAAUCCAAUCAGCAUUUACCAGAUAAAAAAAUUACUUACUUUCAUUCAAGGACAAUACCCAAUAUCACCAUUCAGUCUUAUCUUUCAAGAAUUCAUAAAUUUGCGCCUUUUGAUAAUGAAGCUUUAAUAUCCAUGUUGAUUUAUUUUGAUCGAGUUCAUAAAUUGAAUAAAGGGUUUCAUAUUAACGCAUACAACAUACAUCGACUAGUCAUUGCAAGUAUUGUGGUGGCCGUCAAGUUCACUUCAGAUGUAUUCUAUUCAAAUGCAAGAUAUGCUAAAGUGGGUGGACUACCCUUAAAAGAAUUGAACCAAUUAGAAUUAGAAUUUCUAUUCUUUGCUGAUUUUCAAUUACACAUUGCCUUGGACGAUCUACAAGAAUACGCAAACCAAUUGUUGUCGCACGCUGUUCACCAACAGUCAACUACAGCAGCGACUUAUCAAAUCGUACCUUCACCUACACAUACACCAUCUACGUCACCAAAGGCAACAACAACAAUAACAGCUGUUUCUUUACCGCUUACUCCUCCUUAUUCAAACAAAUCAUCCCUAAAACGUCAUCAUCCUUAUCAGAGAUCAAAUCAUCAUACAAGCAAAAAACUAGGCUUAAUAUCCCCCAAAGACUUCAUUUAAUGUACAUACAUCAAUAAACCCUAUCGGCAUAUUCAUUCCUCUCCUAAGCCAAUCGAAUUCUGACAGUGUGGCGCGUGUAACAAAUGUGUGACUAAAGCAACUGUCAAUUGAUUUGCUUUUUUGAUUGGUUGCCAUGUAGAUUAGCACUGGUUCUUAGUGAUUUCAAAAUAUUGGAUAUCCAAUAAUUUGCUACAAAAGACUUCAAUCCUUUCAAGUGAGAGGCAUAUUCAUAAAAACGAAGAUAAGUGCUGUCACAUUGUCUAUGAAUCAAACAGGUUUGUUCAAGUCAAGUAAGGAAAUCGUAUGGAAUUUAAA